GACCAAUGCUUCUCUCAGCUCCUUUCCUCCCCAAAAUUCAUUCAUUGCUCCCUAAUCUUUUCCUCUCUCUCUCUCUCUCUCUCUCUCUCUCUCAUCUUUACCUUCGUUUUCUCUCUCGAAAAUCUCUCCUUUCAGAUUUGUUUUUGACCUGUUAUUGCUCUCAUAUCAAAUCACUGAUUUGAAUUGCAAAGUUAAUUCGAUUCUUACAAACUGUAGGAAAGAUCUAAAGUAGCUGCAGAGGAAGAUUAUCAGGAACAGAUACCAACACCCAGUUAAGUUCAAAAUUUGGAACAUAAGAUGGGCUGUUUCUCAGUUUUCAAGAGUAAGAAGAAAAAAUCUGAGCAUACUACUUACACGAGACGCAUCAACCCGCAGGAACAUUCACCCACCACAUUGCCUGAACCACUCAUCCAAACCCGAUCUUUGCAAUCUGCACCACCUAGUUUUAGAACCAGAGUGAAACCGGUUCAGCCAAUAAACCAAGUAACAGGCAAUAGAACUAGGACACUUUCUGCCCCUUCGAGCUUCAGUGCAGCAGAACAAGAUGCUCUUUCAUCAAUGGAAUGUGAGGAACAUGAACAAUCCAAGAGUCAGACUGGAUCAAUGAAGGAACGUCGGUCUCCUAGUCCACAACCUCUUCCUCUUCCAUCACCUCUUCUUCACGUUCACAAUGCUUCCGCUCUGAAGAGUAUGGGAAGCUUUAAGUCGGCAACUUCUAGUGGCACACUCAAUGGUUCUGGGCCACUGCCACUGCCUCCUUCUGGAAUUCUACGGAACUUUUCCUACAAAGAACUAGCAGCUGCCUGCCACAAUUUCUCUCCAGAACAUUGUAUGUCAGAAGGACUUUCUUCUGUGAUGUAUAGAGCUUGCUUUGGGGAUGAUGCUUCUGGUUCAAAAAAACUUGAAGCAACUGUCAAUCGCCUUCACCCAUCCACCCAGGGUUUGAAGGAAUUUGUGAACGAGGUAAACACUCUUGCAUCUUUGCAACACCCUAAUCUCUGUAAGUUGAUUGGUUUUCAUGCACGCGAUGGAUCCGAGCACAAAGUGUUGGUUUAUGAGAGGCUUUUUCAUGGAAGCCUGGACCAGCUUUUGUAUGGGAGAUCAGAUGGUCCACCUAUCAGUUGGAAUGUUCGAAUGAAAGUUGCUUUAUGUGCAGCACAAGGCCUCACUUUCUUACACGAGGAAGGGCCUUUCCAGGCAAUGUUCAAUGAGUUUUCAACGGCCAAUAUACAGAUUGAUAAAGAUUUUAGUGCAAAGCUUACAGGAUAUGGUUGCAUUAACCACGUCCCAGAUAUUGAAAGCUCCAACAGUUCAGUUGCACUGGCAAAUCUUUCAGUGGAAACAUUGGAGAGGGGGCUUGUCACUCCCAAGAGUAAUGUUUGGAGUUUUGGUAUUGUGCUUCUUGAAUUGCUCACUGGCCGGAAAAAUCGUGAUAGCCGUCACCCCAAGGAAGAAAGGAACUUAGUUAAGUGGAGCCGGCUUUUCUUGGCCGAUGACUGUAGGCUGUCACUUAUCAUGGACCCACAGCUCAAAGGCCGUUUCCCGGCCAAAGCAGCUCGGACAGUAGCCGAUAUAGCCCAAAGAUGUCUACAGAUGGAGCCAUCAGAAAGGCCCACCAUGAGAACUGUUGUCGAGCAUCUGCAGACAAUACAGGACAUGAAGUAUGCAUGCCUGUUUCGAUUGCAAGAACCUGGAACUGUCUUCGGUAAACAUAUGUCAAAGUCUCUAAGCCUUAAUGGCAUCAUUACAGCAUCUCCACCACACCCACCACCGAUGUCUCUCCCACCUCGUACUUGCUCCCCCACUCUAUCUUUGGAUGUAGUUGAUCGUCAGGAAAGCCGGAAAUCAUCAUCAUCAUCAUCAUCAAUGGUUCGUGGAGCAAGUCUUAAAGGGCGUUGAUUGUUAAUAGAGGGGUUUUUUUGUUUGCAUAUAGUACAAGCUAAAUAUAGAAGAUAAAGAUGUGGUUCUCUCUUUUUUCCCACCUUCCCAUUCAUCAGGAAGUUAAAUUGGGUAUAAUUUUGUAGAUAAAACCUGUCCAUCCUGAGUUCAAUUAGUUUAAUAAUUGUGUUAUUGCCC